UGUGUGUACAUUUGCUAAAAGCAACCCAAGGACUGUUGAGAAAAGGACUGUUUUGCGGGCGCAAGUGGAAACAUCCGUUUGGUUUUGUGCAAACAAAAAGUAAUCAUGAACAAAUAGUAAACGGUCGCAACCCAUGGACAGCAUUACCACGUGGAACAGUUUUAGGAUGGGUCGGAACGUUGCGAUAUCCGGCGUACUUCUGCUGACAGUGAUGUGUCGCUAUGCAACUGCUCAAACUUCGUCGGGUUCGCUCCCCGAACCGGUAUGCGGUCAGAUCUCGCAAAUGCUGGACAACUGCUUCCGCAACUCUUCCCCAUCGAUUGCCGUCGAGCUGUUGGACUCCGUCAAGAUACCGGACUCGGUGGAGGAAAUUAGCGACCGGUGUCUACUGUUCAACCGGGGCAUGGAAUGCGUGCAGCACUAUCUGAACGUGUGCGUGGACCAGAAGGAACGGAAGAUAAUCGAAAACGAGGUGUACGGUGCGAAACGGUUGUACGAGUUCUUAUGCCGGGAUCGUUCGUUUCAGAAGGAGUUUCUUCAGCACAAGGAUUGCUUUCAUCACGUGCAUCGCGACUGGGACGUCUGUUCGGGCAAGUUUGUCGGCAUUCUGAAGGAGGAAAUGUCAAAAACGACCAAGCAAUCGAUGAACGUGCAGUACAUGCACUUCUGCUGCGCUCGGUAUGGUUAUGAAAAUUGCGUCUACAACAGUGCCCGGUACAAGUGUCGCCAUAAUUCGGCCAUUUUUCUUCGUACCGUCGCUAAGUUGCUGUCCACCGAUAAACACUUUCUGAACUGUGAUAAGAUCGAACGCGAGGUUUGCUCCUCCGGGACGAGGAGGUUUGUGUGGGGGAAGCUAUUGGUGCUGCUGGGCGUGAUGGGACUGGUGCGGAUUUUUGGUACCGGGAGGUACUUCUCAUCUAUCGUUUUCCAUCAGUAAGGAUUGGGUUUUGGUGAUCACAGUUCGUUCGUUCGAGUAUGCACGUGGGAGUUUGUUUGGUGGUUAAAUUUAACGAACAUUAGAUGAUGAAUUUUAUUAUUGGCAAAUUAGGUCACUAUUCCGUAGAUAUAAGUGGUAUAUUAUAUAAAUAUAUCAAUAUUGAUAGUUAUGAUUAGGAAUAAUUAAGUUAGGUCGGUGGUUUCAGUUACUGAUAAGCUUGCACACAUUGUGCACCUGAAACAUUGUAUCAUUAAAAACAACAGAACGCUGUACACCAGGGCGUGCAGUUAUCGAUGGUUUACGGGUGAGUUGCAGCUUGGUUGUACAACGCAUUGUAGCUAUGUCGUACCUUUGAAAAUGCGCCAAAAUAAACUAAUAUGCCACUAGGGUUUCUGCAACAAGUCGUAAAAAAGUGAUCCUUAAAAUUUAUUGCAUAUCUUCAGGCGUUGAACACUCAAGCUAACCACACUAGCGGUAAACCGUUGUGCUUAGAGGUACAGUUAUUAAUGAAAGGAAUGUUUUAAUCCACUCGUAGGCAUUUAAAACUCGUUGAAAAGAUACAUUUAUAGAGGAGCUAUAUAUGCUCCAUGGCAGCAAAUACUGCGUUAUGGUAUGAUUUGCACAUGACAGUGACAUGGUUGCCAAUUGAACACGUAUUGGGCGAAGAUAUACGGACAAAUAUGUUAGAUUGUAGUUCCAAAUACUCAUCUAGUGUGAUUUAAGUAAGGAUCAGCAUGUUGUGAU